UGUGGAGUCUUUCACACACGCACACUUUAUGAGUUGCACAGAAUUAGGUUAACAGCAACUGCAUUUCCCAUGCAUCUGACAUGUCAGAAAGUGUAUGGAGAGUGGCCGUGUUGAAAUUUACUAUCUGCUUCCCCCUCCCCUGCCACCUCUUCCCCACCCUCUUUGCACACUUAUUUCCUUUCCCUGGGUCCUGUGCCUCAGAAGAGUUUAAGAGAAUGUUAUUUUCUACCUUUUUAUAAGACAAUAUUAGUCAGCAGGAGAGUGCAUUCCACAGAGCUGCAACUUUGACAGCUAGUUCACUAUCCAUUUUCCACUGAGUAGAUUUUCAUUCAUUGAUGAUUGGUACAGAGCCCAGAUCCCUAGCAUCCUCCCAAGACCCUUACUAUGUCUACAGAACUGUAGUUUAGUAUGCACUGGAAGAGAUGCAUUGAUGCUUUCUCUGUAGACCUACAGGCUGCUGGUUGGAGCCAUAAGGGAAAGAGAGGAAGAAUUAGCCUGUGUGUUUAUGUGGCUGUGCUCCAGUAAAUAUUUUGAUGCAUCUGCUGUCAGCUCUGGUCUGAGGGAAUCUAUCUAGCAUUUAAAUUUUGAUGGGGAGCUGUUUUGAAUAAUAACAGUGCAGCCGGCUGUGAGUCAGUGCAUGUGUGUUGACUGAAAAAAAAAAAAAAACCCUCAGCUUUCAGCAAGCGUUAAGCUUUGAGCUGCAGUGCUUUGCUUUUACCCUCCUCCUUUCUUUUUUCUUCUUUCCCCAAAUAGAUUUUGGUUUAUUGGGGGCUGGUGGGAGGAACAAAAAAAAAAACCCUCAAGUUGCUGUUGCAAUGGGUGCAGUAAUGGGUACAUUCUCUUCUCUACAAACCAGACAAAGACGACCCUCAAAAGACUUCGCCCGAUGGUCUUACCUGUCUCAGAGAGAUAAAAUUGAAGAUGAAUUAGAAAUGACCACGGUGUGCUAUAGGCCGGAAGGACUGGAACAGCUUGAAACACAAACCAAUUUCACAAAGAGGGAACUUCAGGUGCUUUACAGAGGAUUUAAAAAUGAAUGUCCUAGUGGGGUUGUUAAUGAAGAGACGUUCAAACAGAUCUAUGCACAGUUUUUUCCACAUGGAGAUGCUAGUAUGUAUGCCCAUUAUCUUUUCAAUGCGUUUGACACUGCACAGACUGGAUCAGUGAAGUUUGAGGGUUUUGUGAUGGCACUAUCAACUUUGUUGAGAGGAACAGUUCAUGAAAAGCUAAGAUGGACAUUUAAUCUUUAUGACAUAAAUAAAGAUGGAUAUAUAAACAAGGAGGAAAUGAUGGAUAUAGUAAAGGCAAUUUAUGAUAUGAUGGGCAAGUACACGUAUCCUGUUCUCAAGGAAGAUGCUCCGAGACUGCAUGUAGAAGUUUUCUUCCAGAAAAUGGAUAAAAACAAAGAUGGUGUUGUAACUUUAGAUGAGUUUAUUGAAUCAUGUCAGGAGGAUGACAAUAUUAUGAGGUCCUUACAGCUCUUUGAGAAUGUGAUGUAACAUCAUCUGGAAUGCAGCAUAGGAACCAGAGACUUUGUACGUAAUGAAAACCUUCUUUCUGGAUGAAGGCUUUUUACAACUCUGCUAUGUUGCGUGAACAAGGAUUGUGUAAGGCAUCUCCAACCAAGCUUCGUUUCCGAAUGCAACAAACUCCCAUCUCUCCUCCCCAAGAGAUACUGACUGGAAGUUAUUUCAUUUUGGAAGCAUGCUAAUAUUUUAAUAAAACCUGAUGAGUGAGACCUGCUGCUUAAAGUUAAUGAAUAAUAUACAACCUUCUGUUUGCUAGUCACAAGUUCUGCUGCUUUUAAUCUAUCAAACUUGAUUACAUCUGGUAGCACCAUAUCAAGAGCUUGCUAAGCCAUUUAUUGUGAGUGGAAGCUCAGUCCAUUCCAUCAUAGAACAACAUGUUUUAUAAAUGUCCUCUUUAUUUUGCUUUGGCAGAAACCUAACCUACCAGGACAUCUCUGUUUAGAUUUUGAAAACUAACACCAGAUUUAUUUACUAUAUUAAAUGGAGGGUCCAAUUCAUUUAAAAACCAUAUAUCCCACUUUACUCAACAUUCCUGAUUUUUCUCUUACGUAAACUGAUGUUACUCUAUUGAAUUUCAUGGAGUUGCUUCUAAUAUACACUAGCCAGAGGAGCAUCAAGCCGAUAUACAUUAGAGGAGAAGAAUAUACUUUUCCAUAUACAAUUUCUACAUUACAGAAUGAAUCCCAUUGAGUAACAUUGAGUUCCUGUGUGACAAGAUGAUUUUAACAGGCUGGAACUGUGGGGGGCAUGCUUUUACCAUUAAAUGCCCACCAGUUUUCCCAGCCACAAAGUGGGCCUCUAGUAUACAGUAUGCAUCUCCCACCUGAACAGCUACAAUGGACCAUGGUCCUUUCUGUAUGGUUUGGAACACCCUUAAUAAAUACAUCAUUUGUAGUUUUACAUUGUUUUAAAGCAAGGUAUUUCCCAAUGUUUGGAUUUAUUUGAACUUUUAAAUUUUUCUUCUGAGACCCCUCUUGGCUGUGAGAGUAAGGGAAUAUGUUUGGCCAAAUGUAGAGAGGCAAAUUAGAUCUUAGUACUCAACAGUCCAGAAUAAGGCCCUGAUCAAGUAACUGUCUCCACACAGGUUCACAGAGGGCACUGGGAAGGCUGAUUGCACUUGUACAGCAGAAAGCAGUUGUGACAGGCAGGCAGCUAAAGGCAGAGGAACCAAGAAGGAAAAAGAGAACAACCUAACAUAGUCCAGGAUUGCCAUAUGCCUACCAUAUAGGAAACACCUAUAUUUUUAUUAGAGACUAUAUUACAAAUAUACUGUCAGCACUGAAAUUAUAUUUUAAAUAUUAGGUAAAUGGAAACUUUUCCAUAUAUUUUGCAUAUUAUAAAUCACUUGUUUCUAUAGCCCUAUAUUUUAUAAAACCUAUUGAUCCACAGACAUAUUGCUGAUGUAGACAUAGAUCUGAUUGAUACCUGUGCGAUGCUGUGCUUGCACCACCACUGAGGAUGCUCCUGUAACACGUCCUGGCACAGGCUUACACAGGCGUUGGGCUUGACUCAUGUGAGUAGCCCCACUGAAGUCAGCAGUGCUAUUCAAGUGAGGAAAGUUUUAGUGCAGGCAGGACUGGAGCCUUACUCUGCUUUUCUGGCUACCUCACACCAAACACCACCAAUGAGUUUGUUCCUACAAAAGAUGUAGGACAUGGCAACUCCCACCAGUGUGCUGUGCCUUGCAAAGGGGUGAGAUGCUGUGAGGGUAGCACAGUCCAGUUGUACUAUGUCUCCUCCAUCUAGCUAUUAUCUUGAUGAAUAAGUAUGUAGUAAAUCAAAGGUGGAAUAAAUCAGAAAUUGUAUCCUAUUGCCUCUUCAUUUUCCUUGCAAUCCCACCUUAGGUACAGAAGCUUAGAUUUAAUACAAGCAGGGCCGGCCCACAACAUUUUGGCAUCUGAGGCAGAGAGCUCAAAUGACACUCCCAUACCCCCUUGCUUGGGCCAAAACUUUGAAACUCUGGGUCCUAGUGGCACCCCUCACCCCCACACCCUGGCACCUGAGGCGGCCGCCUCAGUUCGCCUCAUGGUAAGGCCAGCUCUGAAUACAAGGCCAAUUUAUUUACACAUAGUGCAACUACAAGUUUUCAAUCCGAAUUAUUAAUUUCAUUUUAAGAGAAAACAGCCAAAUAAAAAAAGGAAAAAAGUGACUUAAAGUGACAGGCAGUGUGUAUUUUCUGUAACAUGCUGUAUCAACUCUGCUCACAAAAUGGCAGUUGCAGCUUGUGGACUCCUAGAAAUGUAAAGGUGUAGUACACAAAAUAAGAUUACUAGAGAGACAAGGUGGGUGAGGUAAUAUCUUUUAUUGGACCAACUUCUGUUGGUGAGAGAGACAAGUUUACACAGAGCUCUCCUUUAUUUCAGCCUCACUCACCUUGCCUCUAAUAUUCUGGGACCAACGCAGCUACAACAAACUGCAUACAAAAAUACGAUUAUUUAUGAAAGUUGUCAGUUACAUACACCCAAAGUGUUUGUGUUUGUGUGAGGAAUGGGAGAUGUCACAAGGGCCACAGACUGGGGAAAAAGUCUAAAUCAAGCCAGCUCACAAAGAGGGGGUGCAUUUUAGGCACUGUCUUAUCAUAAUCUUAGACCAGUAGCUUUGAUAACCACCCACUGUUUUCAGACCACUAUAAGCACAGUACCUGAGGCCACACCCCAGUACCUAAGGCCAAAUUAAUUUUUUGGGUAACACUAUUGACUUCAGUAGAAUUAUAUCAGUGAUGAGUUCGGCCCCUGAUGUUUUUCUUGGUAUAAACUUUCAGAACUGCUGUAUUGAUAAUGCAGGUUACCUUCUUGUUAGCUGGAGACAAAACUGUAGUGAGUUAGUUUGUUAAUCCAUGUACGGAGUCACUGCUGUACUAGGGUGCACUAUUGUCCAGACUGUUCUAAUGUUUUUAAGUACCUUCUUCUGAGUUUGGCCUCCAUUCAGCAACACACACAACCUUAAGCACAUGACAGGUCCCAUUGGCUUCCACUGGGAUCAUUCAUGAUUGCACGUUCCUGAAUUAAGGCCUGAGUUAGUGGCAAUGCUGCUUUAGCUUCUCUUUUUGGGAGCCAAAGGCCCUGGUUCUGUUACUGCCAUUAACCAUGGAUUCUGUAUGUGUAGGGUGGCCACAGAACAUCAUGGCCCUAAUUGUGCUCCUGCUGAAGUCAAUGGUAAAACUCACUUUGAUUUUAGUGGUGCAGGAUUGGGCCCUAUGACAGCAUGAUAGUGUUUCCACCCUGGGUUGAUACUUCAGUUCCAGUUACAGUUACUGAUACCUAAAAUAGCAGGAUUAGCACAUCUGACAGCUGUAUCUUCACGUAUACUAUAGAAAGUAUCAGAAGUCAUUCCCCCUUACUGAACAGUUCUAGUUGUAAAUUCAAAUGGUGACAGAGUAACUUUCUUUAAGAACCCAUGUAUUGUCCAUUGUAUCUUGUAUCUCAUCCCACAAUUUAUCUGGCAAUGUCUCAUCCAUAGGCUGGUAUGCAUCGAUGCACAGUAAGCCUUCUCUUUAUGAACUGUGUGCAAAGCACGCAUGGAUGAAAAAGAGCCAGUAACUGUGAGAGACUUUUAUUCUGCUUGGAAAUGUCUUUUGGUUUUAAAUUCUCUAUGAAUGUUAGUUUGUAAACUUGCAAACCCUCCCAUGAUUCAUAAAUGGGGUCUGCAGUAUUUAUGGCAAAUACUUACUACUACAGCUUAUUAAAUAAAACAUACUGUGAAAGUCUGAUCUCAUCCCAUCAUGAAACCUACUACCAGUAUUUGGAAGGCAGUUAUUGUGCUGGCUUCUCAGCUGCAGUUAGAAUAUCCAUCAGUGCUAUCAGCUGUACACGUUUUCUCAAAAUUGUGAAUGUUUAAAUAAUGGCCAGAUGAUUUGUCUGACUGAAUUCAUUAGUUAAUCUACAUAACCAUGCCAGCAGUUUUAAAGCACAUAACAUGCAUAUUAGGCAACAAAUCUAUUGAAAAUAAGAAUGUCAAUAAUGAUGCAACAAAUGUAAUGUGUCUGCUACUUUUGAUGUUAGUUUUCCUGUUACUUUGAAAGCAUUGCAAUGUUGUGAGUAAUCAUGAAUAAUGUGACCCAUGAUGAUACUGAUAUCCUAUGAGAAAUGGCAACGUUCAGAUGCUCUAGGCCGAAUAUUGGCAUCCCUGGAUUGUGACACAUGCUGAACAACAAACCACCAUUGUGUCAGCCUAAGAACUCUGUCGAUGUGCGUGCAGCAGUGUAACUUUUUUCUUCAUCGUGGAAGGACCAUGAUGGACUUAAGGAAGUUUGGGCAAAUAAUAUAAAUUGUGCUAACUGAAGCCAUUUUACCGGAGCAGCAAUGCAUUGCUUCACAAAUGCUAUUAUCCAAUGGCAAUUUGUAUGAUAUUUUGUUGAACAGUUUUAAAGAUUUUGAGUUUAAUAAUAAAAAUAAAAGAUGUACAGAAGGGAGUCUUUUUUGUAGCCUGG